CCAUUCUGUCGAGACUUGCAGCGAGGCUGCGCGUGUGUCAUGGCGUCUCCCUGGAAAGGGGUCUGGUCUGCUGUUAAAUAAGAAAAUCUACAUCCUCAGGAUAACAGCGUUUACUCAGCAAAUUUAAAAAAUAGAUACAACUUUAAGGACGUGAAUAUGGGGACGGUGCACGCAAGGAGCAUGGACCCUGUCCCGAUGCACGGGCGCGACCUGGGCGUUCACCCUGAUGACCUGGACGUGGUGGAGGCACAGCAGGAACCCAAGAAAGAAGUCCUGGAAAAUAAAGAUAUUGUCGUGCAGCAUGUCAGCAUCGAAGGCUUGGGAAGAACUAAAGAGGACUACCUGGGCUAUGAGAUCGCCGAUGUCUUCAGUGCCAAAAAUCUCAUCGAUGUGAUGAGGAAAUCACAUGAAGCUCGGAUGAAGUUGCUCCGUUUGGGCAUAUUCAAAGAGGUGGAAGUUCUUAUUGACAUCUCAGAAGGAGAUGAUGCCUUGCCUAAUGGUCUGGAUGUGACAUUUGAGGUAACGGAGAUGAAGAGGAUAACGGGCAGUUAUAACACCAUGGUUGGAAACAAUGAGGGUAGCAUGGUGCUCGGCAUUAAACUACCGAACAUGCUUGGUCGUGGAGAGAAGCUCACCUUCCAGUUUUCUUAUGGGACUAAGGAAACCUCAUACGGCUUGUCUUUCUUUAAACCUCAGUCUGGCUAUUAUGAACGCAAUUUGGCAUUAAACCUUUACAAAGUGACUGGCCAAUUUCCGUGGAGUUCACUGAAGGAGACUGACAGGGGAGUUUCCACAGAACUUAAUUUCCCUCUGUGGAUGACUGAUCACACACUGAAGUGGGAGGGUGUGUGGCGGGAGCUGAGCUGUCUCGCGCGCAGCGCAUCAUUUGCCGUGCGAGAAGAAAGUGGCCACACUCUCAAAUCUGCUCUCUCGCACACAAUGACUAUAGACACCAGGAACUCUGCCAUCCUUCCAAGAAAAGGUGCCUUACUGCGGAUCAACCAGGAGCUAGCGGGCUACACCGGAGGAGAUACAAGCUUCCUGAAGGAAGACUUUGAGCUGCAGUUAAACAAACCAUUCCUCUGGGGCUCUGUGCUCUCGGCAUCUCUAUGGGGAGGAAUGAUCGUUCCUAUUGGGGGUCAACCCAUCUCCAUUGCUGACAGGUUCUACCUGGGUGGUCCGACCAGCGUGAGAGGAUUUGGCAUGUACUGCAUCGGCCCACAGAGUGAAGGUGACUACCUAGGUGGAGACGCAUAUUGGGCUGGAGGGCUCCACCUGUACACACCGCUUCCGUUUCGCACUACCCGGGGCAGCUUCGCUGAUCUCUUCAGAACACACUUCUUCCUUAAUGCGGGAAAUCUCUGCAACCUCAACUACGGAGAGGGUCCACACGCACACUUGCAGAAGUUAGCGGAAUGUAUUCGCUGGUCCUACGGUGCAGGCAUCAUCCUCCGGUUGGGAAACAUCGCAAGACUAGAGCUCAAUUACUGCAUUCCCAUGGGUGUUCAGAGCGGAGACAGGAUAUGUGACGGUGUACAGUUUGGAGCUGGGAUCCGUUUCCUGUGAUGUCAUCAGCUGCUGGUCUAGUCCUGAAGCCAAGAACUGUAGGAUUAUUGGCUGAGAUGUGUGUAGUAAUGUCAGAAUGAGACCCCUCCUGCAUGCACAAUGUGAUGGGUUUCAUCUUCCAAGGACAAAACAUGACUGAGCUUGUUUAUCUUUUGCUUGUUGGUUUUGUUGUGAACUAGGACCUUUUAUUCGUGUGUAAUAACAGGUGCUAUAUCCAGACUGUGUGAGGAUCCUAUUGAGAGAUUUGCUUCAACUAUUUAUGUUUGUAUAAAAGCACCCAACUUGUGUUUAAAUCCAUGUAUCACAUAAGGUACUGACUGAUCAGAGGAAACAUGUUUUUAAAAUAAAUCUAAUGCCAUUGUAAUGCAGUCACUUGUGUGUACUAGUUAAUUCAAGCACUUUUUCGUUCUUUCAGUGAAUUGUUCCAGUGUCUCUUUUCUGGUUGUUGACUCCCCCUAUACCAGACCACAUAACUGAAUAGAUUCCCUGGUUUCAUUGAAUUGGUUAUGUAUUGACUCCAUUUCAUUCUGUAACCUUUGUGGGUCGAAGCCCCACUAAAGAUCCACCAGCAGUGCUCUUACUGUCCUCUUUUUAAUAUCUGUUAAGAUGUACACCAAGUAAGAAUAAAUCACAUUUGCCCCUUUGAAA